GCAAACGUCAACAGCACCAUGGCGGCCUUCACUAAAUUGAUGGAGUUCUUGGACUUGCCAGAUGAUGCGGAGAUCCCCACCGAGGUCAUGGCGGUCUGUGAUUCCAUCUACGUUUCGGUUCGAGGAUUCGGCGCCCUCGUGAACAUCCAGGUUGGCAUCGAUACGGAGUUCGACUUCGUGAAGGACGCGAUGGCGUUACGCAAGGCUGCUGAGAAGACAGUCGCGCAGUCGGUGCUGCACGAUGUUGGGACUACUCUGAACAGGAACCCGUUCCUGAGCGACAAGAUGGACAUCUGCAAGGGCACACGAUGGGCGCUCUCCGACUUCACCGAGCAGUCCAACUUCGGCGCGAUCAUCAAUUGUGUAACGGAUGUGCCCGGCUGGAACAACCUGUACUCGGGGGUGCUUCCCUCGUGCGUGUGCGCUGGCCUGGACGAGAUGACCCGCCAUGAGACGAAGCUGCUCUACGACAUGCUUACCAAUGCCGCUAAGGGCAACGAUGAAGAAGGCGAGUCCCCUGACGUCCGUACGUCGGCGCAGACGCUCUACCAUUAG